GCUGUCAAGGCAGUUGUCAUGCAGUGUUCCCUGUGCAAACUGCGUACCCAUCAGUGGUGUUUUCUCCUCUUCAAUGUGCUACUCUUCCAUGCCCUGUUGUUUGGGGCAGAUUUUGUCGAGGAGUACCUCCUGCAGCCCACGCCUGGGGUCUACACUGAUGGCAUGGUUGUUGAUGUCAGAGAGAAAGCAAGGAAACUAGACCUCAGCAAUGCCAGGGAGAAUGUGUCCCUGGCCUACCCCAUCGCUAACCCCGAUGCCUGCAAAAACUCUGACCUCUUCCUCCUCACUCUAGUCUUCAGUUCCACAACUAAUAUCAACCAAAGAGAUGCAGUCAGGAGGACAUGGGCCAACCAAACGCUCGUUCAAGGCUUCCCAGUGCGGAUACUGUUUUUCUUAGGAUCAACUCAGACUUCCGCUGCUCAAAAGGACCUCAUGGCAGAGUCUGACCGCCAUAGGGACAUGGUCCAGGGUCAUGCUGUUACUGACUCAUCGCUCCGAGGCCCAACAGAAAGGACAGUGCUGGCACUCCGCUGGGUGAUCACCUUCUGUCCCGUGGCACGCUUUGUUCUGCUGACCAAGGACUCUGUGUUUGUCAAUCUACCUGCCAUCGGAGGUUACCUACUCGGGCUGCACAGGCAUCCGGAGGACCUUUAUCUGGGCAGGGUGAUCCAGAGAGACUCUCCUGACAGGGACCCCAACAGUCCUGGCUACCUGCCCCCAGCUCUCUACCCUGACAAGUACCUGCCUGAAUACUGCGACGGCACAACUUAUGUUCUAUCCCAGGAUGUCAUCCGAAAAGUGUAUGUAGCGUCUACAGCAGUCCGUGCACCAGUGCCAGCUGACGUUUUUGUGGGCCUUUGUGCUCAGAAGGCUGGUGUGGCACCAACCCACAGUGCCAGGUUUGCAGGAGAGCAACAUAUCCACUACAACGUCUGCUGUUACCGCUAUCUGUUCAGCUCGGCAAGAAUGAGUACCAAUGAACUAGACAGAGUGUGGGCAGACCAGGGGCAGAAAGGUGGAAGAUGCUCACUGUUAAAGACCUAUUCUGGCCUGGUGACCUGCAAGGCCCUCACGUACCUGGAUAAACUGCCCUUCUUCAACUCCCAGGGUCAAGCUGAAUCACAUGGGUAAUUGAUGAAAAGAGAGACUGAGACCGUUGAGAGGUGGGGUUGAAAGAAAAGUGUGUAAAUAAGUUUGUUCUUGUGCACGUGUGUGCUAGUGUUUGCUUUUGCCUGUCAGCUAGAUCACUAUUAUAGGAACAUUCAGCCUGGAACACUGCAAUAUAUCCACAUUGCCAGAUGUAUGUAAAUAAAGGUGCAGUUGACUUCUAAUCGGGCUCCAGUAGAGGAAGGAUUCAUUAUUUUUCCCUUGAGUGAAUUUUGCAUCAGAUUGUCUAUAUGAAUAAAAUCUAGCUGUUGUUCAUUUCUAACAUUGUUAUUAUCUAAUGUAUAAACUAGUUGUUUCUAUAUUGGUCAGCAGGUAGCCCAAUGUUUAGGGGAGGAACAGAGAGAUAAAAAUGCAGCACACUCAAAUGGAACAGAGCCCUUGUUAUAGUAGGAAAAGCACAAGGUGUAAUACAAUUAACAAGUCAAAAUGUGUUUCAAAUGCUGUGAAAAAGGCCUUUUCUGUGAGUUUACCAGUCUUAGACUAGUCAUAUCAGAAAAAAGCACAGGUGGAGCUAAUAACAUUAAUGCAGUUAAGGCUCUCCUCCAUCAUAUUCAUUAUUUUAGUAGCAGUUUAAUAAAUUAUGGCAGUUCAGGACUAACCAACCUGAUAGACUUCCAAGAAAUUGUAUUACUUGAACUCAACUGCAGGACCGUUCACCAAAUACAUAAUACCAAGGAGGACAUCUAGUGUCCAACAUGGGGUAAAGCAACACACUGCCUGUGCAACUGGGAUAGUUUGUAUUUAUGAACAUGUCAUUAGGUA